CAUCGUAGUAACACCGGCGCGUCUCCUCUCGCGGCUUCGUGGUUGUCUCGGAAUUAGUGAGUAGACAGAAUUAUGUCUGUGAGCUGGCCAGCACGGCUCAGUUGAGACUUACUGCUCAGAGCGUACACACGCAUACUACGAAUCCUUCCUACUUACGCACCUCGCGCCUUCCUCGUACGAUUAGAACUUAGUCCGCGACCGUCUGCAGACCAAUCACGGUCCAGUUCGCUAACGCGCCUCCGUACGAAACGGUUUCCUCGUCUUCACGUGGACGUGUCUGUGGAGUUGCCCCGAGUUCGAGAAGCUCCGGCGCAGCUAGGUGACGGAGGGAGAGAGAGCGAACUAUCGCGGAGAUCUCUCGAGGUCCCACGAAGAAGCACCCACGAAAGCAGGAAGAGCACUCAGAAGACGCGCUCAUUUCCCUCCGCGAGGUGAGCGAAAUUCAAAUCGGAGUCUGACGGGCGACCAUCCGACGUCGAGUCGGAGUAUCGGUCGACGGACGUUGAGAGAAUCGCAGAAAGGUGAGAAGACCGACCGAGAGAGGCCUUUUCAAGGUGAAAAUCGCCGAUUAUUUUACUGCGCGAAUUCGAAGAUCGCAAGACGUUACCGCAGUUAUUCGUAGACUGCACCGGUCGGACGAAUUCCACGAGGUUCUCUUCCGAGUGAGCCGGCUCGAUUGAAUUCACUGAUGCGUACGGCAUAAUUUUCAAGCAGUUUUGCGAGGUACUUUCGAAUGCUGUAUUAUUUACGCACUGAUGUUGGUAUCGAGCAAUUCGGGUGAAAAAUUUGCCGCUAAUUAGACGCGCGUCACUUGAUCGUUCGUUCAAAGCGUAUCUUCGCUUUCGGAUAUCCCCUGUAAACGUCUAUAAACGCGGAUUUAAUAGAUUGCCCUUAAUUAUCGGCGGAAAUGAGACAUUAAUUGUGCCGCUUGGAAACGUGUCUGAUCUCUAUGUAAAAGUUUCGUAAACUCGAGGCUACUUUUGGAGAACUUGCAGUGCUGUUGUCGUAGUCGAGCAGCAUUCGAUCGUCGGGUUUUCAUUAACCGCGACAAUGGGUGUUACGAAAUUAGUCACGCUUCUCUUAUUGGCGUCCGUCGCGAGCCGCGCGUGGUCUCACCAUCAUCACGGAUAUUAUCCGGAGCAUAGAAAAGAAAACGGUCGCGUGGAUUUCGUCGAGCGAGCAUCCACUGCCGAUGAGACCAGCGAGAAAAGCACCGAUCGCAGCACGCGGUCGGAAUUAUCGGAGAAAGACGAGAAGCGUCCGGACGCCUUAGACAGCAAGGAUUCGCCGCCCUUCAACGCGCGAAGGCUCGAAAAGAUGCUGGAGAAGGCGAUACUGAAGAUCAUCACGGGCGACCUCAGCACGGCCGACAUGCUGCUGCUGAAAAGCUUGAACUACACUUUCGAGGAGAUCUUGGCGAUCCGCGAGCAGGAAUUCAGCAGACGAAAGGACGAGGAGAAGGCGAAGAAAUUCUACAAUUCCAUGCUGAUCGAGCAGUCCAACGACCCCGACGGCGAGGUGUCGAGGAGCGAGAGGAAGAAGAACCGAUACAAGGAGAAGCUCUCUUUCGACGACUUCGACUUUGACGCGUACAACCAGGAGGCGACGAUCGACUACGAGAAUCUGGCCACCAAGCUCGAGCAACAAUCGUGGCCCGAGCCGGCGGCUCUCGAUUACGAGGACGAGUUGAAGAGCUCGAAGGAGCAGGACCAGUCGCGAAACGUACACCGGAGCUUCGACCGCGCCAUGGAGCCCCACGUGAUCUUCAAGAUCCGCUAUGACGAUUCCGAGUUCGACUCCGGCUCCAACGAGAGGCCGAGACUUCGAGACGCCUUCACCUCGAAGGACCUGAAACAUCGCACCCCUUCGGCCUUGAGACACACCACCACCAAGAACGUCGCGAACUCCUUUCACGCUUCGUCAUUGUCUUCAUCUUCUUCCUCUUCUUCUUCACCUUCUUCUUCGACUGCUGAACACACUCCACUUCCCGUAGUAUAUCAGAUGAGGAAUCUCAGAGACGUCAAGUCGGAUUAUCUUAAGAACCAACAUUCUGUCGCCAUGACGGCGUCCUCGGCAUCUAACGAUACUGUUGUCACAAACGCCGCGUCUAACGCAACUACUUCCGACGCGACAACGGAUUCGGUGGACGACGACGAUUCGUCCGCCAAGAAGAUCGGCCAGUACGAGGGGCUGGAGUGGGUGGAGGAUGACGUUUACAAGGUGAUACCCUCGUUGGCGGGCUCACUGACUUACGAAGACAGCGAUGAGAACGGAACGUCGGACUACGAGGAAUCAAACCUGGCCUACCUUUCGGACGAGAACGAAAAUGACACUUUGGAGUACCGAAACGAUACUCUGGAGUACCAAAACGAUACCCCGGUGAGGCUGUUUAAUGUCAACGCGUCCAUGGAGAAAGUACCAUUGACGAAUCAGUCCACUCGUCACCAAUUGGCGGCCGCUCAUCGUCAGAACGAGAGUCAGAAGAUAAUCGAAGAGAUUAAGAUGCGGGUCCUCAUGUUCACUGGAAAAUUGAACAACACCACCAGCAAAAUUGAUCGCGAGAAACUCACCAUGUUUUCGCCCACUUGCCAAUUACCUCGAAACACGGACUUCGAGGCGUGGACGGAUCCGUUUUUGAUGAACAUGCAUUUCCAAUUGAAUCUGACUGCCGGCGACGUUGUCGCCGAGGCGAAAUUGCGAAUCUACAAGUUGCCGCAGGAGGAUCUCGUGACCUCCGUGAGCGGAGACUUCAACGAGGGCGAAGUUCGCGAGAAGAAGAUCAGAAUAUCCGUUUUUUACUACAUGAAGUCCCUCAAGACAUAUCGAUCGAAGAGAUGGCUGAUGGAUUCUGUCUUGACGCCCCUGACGGCCAACGGUGGUUACUUAGUGCUGGAUGUGAAGGAGGCCUUGAAAUUUUGGAGACUGCCUUCGCGAAAUUCGCAUGGCAACGGUAGCAAUCACGGCCUGGGGAUUCAGAUAGAGGAGCAGGCCGACGAGAAGAAGCUGAAACCGGCUCUGUAUAUCCAGCAGCCGUCCUGCGGUGACCACGAUUCGGAUCAGAAGGCAUCCCAGCGCAUACCCGCCCUCUUCGUUCGAACCUGUCCUCAUUACGUUCGUCUCGUAAACGGUGAGAGAAUCAUAUACAAUUGCAGCCGUUAGACAGAGGUGACAAAGCCCGGAUCGGAUCGAGAAACGAAUUCGUUUCGACGCGAAAGAAAGCCGACUUAAAUUAUACGUUGUGAUCGUCGUCCUCUCGAAACACUUGCCAUUAGCAGGCGAAGAGACAUAUAUGUGCAAUUUAUUGUUAAAAUUUAAGGGGAAUAUGUGAGAGAAUUAGAGAUUCCUUCGAAUUUUCAUCUAGAGAUAAGUCCCGCAGCAGUAGAACUUUUAGCAUUAGAAAUCGAAAGGAGUUUUUCAUAACGAUGACAAGGAGAAUCUCGCGAAAAAAAGCAAUAACGCGAUCUGAGACCGGUAUUUAUAAUUGGAAAUUAUUUGCAUCCUUUGUUUGAGAAUAUAAUUACAGAUUUGGACACUGUCACGUACAGCGAAUUUGUAAGAAAAUACAUGGACAGUACAGGUAUAGAUAGACGAAUAAUCAGAGGUCCGUGAAGCUAUGAUUAUUUAUCAAAUAAUGACAGACUAAUAGAAAAAAAAAACCAGCCAGGGAAAAAAAAUAGCGAAAAUAUUGCCGAAUUUUGCCACCGAAUCCAGUAUCGUAAUAACGGGUUAACGUAUAGAUAGAAGUAGAACCAGAGCCUACCGAGCGGAAUAUCUCGUUGCCGUUUCUUAUCAUGGAAGAACGUAGCUUAAACGACGGCAGCUUAGUUGUAAAAAUAAAGAUAAGGUCUUGUAGGGGUUUUCUAUGGAGACUGCUAUUCGGUAUUAACUUAAGAGAGAGAAUUAUUUAUACGCAACAAUAUAGGGUAGGGGUCUCAUCAUAACACUACUUGUACGUUAAAGUACACUAUCUGCGAUUUUCGCAUCAUAAUGUACAUACGAUUAGGUCCAAAGUAGCGAUAUCGACGACUUAUAUGCAUUUGCCUACAAUGUGUCAACACGCCCAUGACUGAUGUAGCCACAAAUGUGUGUGUGUAAAAGAGUUCAAGAUUAUAUAUAUAUUAAGUAUAGAUUUUAUAUUAAUUAAGCAACCUGGAACUCUUCCGAGUCUAUCAAUUGUAGUUGGGUGAAUUUGUAGGGUAUUUUUUGCGAGUACGUGUCGCGGUAAUAACCGCAAUCAGAGUCGGGUGUCUCGAGGUCGCAAUCGGAUUAACUCGAUUCCCUCCUUGCUAAAAACCCAUGCAUCGUAUGUCUUGUAUGUACGAAUAAAGGAGGCGCAAUUUCUUCGUCUUGACGCUCUCUACGAUACACCGUCGUUGUAUAUAAUGUAAAUUUCCAUGUCAUGUUGCAAACAAAUAAAUUCAUUUGCAGUAAUA